GCAUCUGGCGAGAAAGAAAAGGGAAAAUAUAAAAGCAAUCAUGGCUUGUAAGUAUCAUGUUAGAUCAAUUAGCUUGCCUUCAAGAUCACAUCCUACCACACUGAGAAUCGAAGAAGAGCUGAACAAGCUCAAUAAAUGGGAGGUGUCAUCAAAUUCAGUAUCAGGGUCGAUCUCCAAUAGUCUAUCAGGACUAGAGGACUUGUACAAAUGUAUGGAUGAUUUGCUGAACUUGGCAUCAACCCAACAAGUCCUCUCUCGCCAUGAAAAUGAAAAAUGUCUCGACGAAUUAUUGGAUGGAUCUGUGAGGCUCUUGGAUGUUUGCAGCAUUGGAAGGGACAUCUUGUUGAGGUUCAGGGAACAAGUUCAAGCUCUUCAAUCCGCUUUCCGCAGGAGAAAGGGAGAUUCAAGCAUAGAAAGCAGUGUAGCUACUUUUAAUUGCUUCAGGAAGAAGAUGAAAAAGGAUACCAAAAAGUUGAUUGCUUCAUUGAAGCAAAUGGAUAACAAACUUGGGGCUUCUUCACUUCUAGAUCAAGACCAGCACCUCUCCGCGGUGAUUAGGGUGAUCAGAGAAGUUAAUGUUAUUAACUGUUCCAUCUUCCAAUCCCUCCUGAGGUUCCUGUCAACAUCAUCCAAGCCAAAACAAAGCAGGUGGUCCCUUGUUUCGAAGUUGAUAUUGCACAAGGGAGUAAUAACCUGUGAAGAGAAGCAAGAAAAUGUAAAUGAAAUAGGAACUGUUGAUGCUGCACUAAGUCAAGUGUCUGAUUCCGAGAAUGUGAAAAUUGCACAGAAGAGACUUGAGGCUUUGGAGAUGAGCAUUGAUGACCUUGAGAAUUGUUUGGAGCGUCUGUCCAGGCCCUUGAUUAAAUCAAGAGCCUCUCUUUUGAACAUAAUCUCCCAAUAAAUCAUUCUUGAUCUUCGAUACAAUCCUGGCAUCCAAAUUUUGGAGGAUCUGCUAGAGGAUUCAAUAUUCAUAUCAAGUGCUAUGUACAUGAAACGAAUUUUGUAAUUAAUACAGUGAAAUAACCACAAGGAUUUCUAUC